AGACCCUGCGCCACGUUAGGACAGUCAGUCACCACCCAGAGCCGAGUGAGGAUACAGCUGCAGCCACUUCCACCACCACCACCACCACCACCACCACCUGACGCAAUGGCCGACAGUGUCCAGAGUUUCUAUGAGCUGAGCGCCAAGGACCUCUCUGGUGAGGAGGUGCCCUUCAGCAAGUACGAGGGCAAGGUCGUGCUAAUCCAGAACACGGCGUCCCUAUGAGGUACAACCACGCGGGACUUCCUUGAGAUGAACGAACUCAUUGAGAAGUUUGGUGACAAUCUCGCAGUCCUUGCCUUUCCCUGCAACCAGUUUGGCCACCAGGAGAACACCACGCAUGAGGAGCUCCUGAGUUCCCUGCGCCACGUGCGUCCCGGCAACAACUUCGAGCCCAAGAUGGAGAUGUUCAGUAAGGUGGAGGUCAACGGAGCAGGCACCCACCAGGUGUUCAAGCUGCUGAAAGAGGCCCUGCCGCUGCCCGUGGACGACCCCGUGAGCCUGAUGGACGACCCCAAGUGCAUCAUCUGGAACCCCGUCACCCGCUCCGACAUCGCCUGGAAUUUUGAAAAGUUCCUUGUGGAUUCCAGCGGCAACCCAGUCAAGAGAUUCAGCAAGAAAUUCCCAACGAAGGAUCUGGACACCCACAUAGAAAGUCUCCUUGAGUAGGACCCCCGUGGGACUCCUGAAGGACUCCACCCCACCAGAAGCACCUCCUUGCAUCCUUCAACCCUCCAUCCCCCAAGCAGGACCCCGUAGGAUGCACACAGGACCCCCAGGACUCCGUAAUGAAGGAUUCUCUGGAAACACUUUGACGUGAGAGAGGAUCUGGAAAAGUUGAUGAGUCUAGGAUAUUUUGUGUGUGUUUUUUGGGGUUCCUGAGGCGGGGUGAAGGGGAGAAGGGUGGAGGGAGGGAUGGCUGGGGUGUGAAGGGGUGUGGGAUGGUACAAAAUUGUGGCAUUAAGGUUUGGUCGGCAGUUUGUGACGGAGUAAUUAGUCGUGGUUAAUUGAAAAGAAAUAGGGUGUAGGAAUGUGAUUGUAUUUAAAGAUGUGAUAGAAAUGUGAAGAAGAGUGAUUGAGUGAUUGAGUGAUUGAGUGAGGUUAAGGCACCACAACAUCGCGGUCCCAUGGCUCCACUGCAGAAUGUUUAAAGCAAGUAAGACGGCAGGUUAAAACAUCGAUAUUCAAAACAUAAUUAUAACGUGGAAAAAAUAAAUAAAUAAAUAACAAAUCACUACAAAUACGAAUAUAUAAAAGAAAAUGGGAUGAAUGAACCAGCGAGAAGUGAAGUGCCACAAAUGAAGAGAGUUGGUAAUUGAAUGCACAUAUUAACCCUUUGGCUGCUAACUGGCACACCUUUCCUUAAUCACAAUCACUGAGACACCUUACUUAUUCCACAGUCACCGCCAAUCUUCAAACUGUGUAGAAAUUGCAAACUCCAUUCUUUUCAAUCCUCUUUCUUGUCGAAGCUUAUAAAGAUUUCACGCAUUACUCCUUCCGAUGUUAACUGUCUUGUAUUGUGGUGAAAAGUUUAAAUUCAAGUGAGGGGGAGAGAGUACUGACUGCUGACCAAGAGGAGGAAGAACUGGGAUAGGGAGGAAAGGCUAUAGUCAAGACACAAGGCACGAAGGAACAAGGGAAGGAUUGGCGCUGGACAGACACACCGGGACAGUCUCAUUAAAGGCAGAGGCGCCCACAAAGUAAUGAGAGACAGGCAGUACGCAGUGUGAAGGGUGAAAAGUAGUUGUAAGUGUGGAAGCUUGUAAGUAAGAGUGUGUGUGUGUUCUCAGGAAUUAAUUAAAGUGUAUUAAAAGGUGA